CCCCCACCACCCAGCCUCCAUCCCUCCUCCCCAUCAUGGACGCUACGACGAAGGUCAAUCCACCACCCCGGCCAUUCGCAUACGUGAACAUGUCGGAGAUCCAUGUGCCUUACGUGCACUACUCUGACGAUCCGCGCGAUCCCGAUCUGCAGAUGCCCGAAGACCUCCUCGUCUUCGUAUAUCGAUUGGCAUGCAGGACCGCCAAGACCUGUCGACGGCAGUACGAGGCACUAUCGAGGAAAGAAAAGUCCCCGCUAGCCUCCCCUCCCCCCACUCCUAUCUCCCCACGAUCUUCCAUGUCCUCCUAUUUCCCUGAUACACCACCACCGCCAGUCGAAGACGCACGUUUCCUCCUCUUCUCGCCCUCUCCUCUUAACACUCUCCUAAUCCCAUCACACGACACUCCGGCGCCACAAACAAGAUACGCCAUCUCCCGCGCAGUUCAUGAGCCAAAUCGGGGAUGGUUGUCCUCAGUACUAAGAGGGACCAUGAUUGGGCGCGUUGAGAAUCGGGCUGGGUCAACGAAAGGCAGAGUGCUGUAUGGAGGACGGGAGUUGCCCCUGAAGAAAUGUGUUCUUCAUGAAGAUGCGCAUUCACUACAGUUUCAUGCGCCAGAGCUACAUCCUGCAAAGUUCACCUGGCGACGGGAUCCUGCAUCAUCGCACUUCAAAUGUGUGAUCCAACGCUCUGCGCAGCAACUGCCGUGUCUAGGCGCAACACUCUCUCCACCAGCACAGGGAGCCGAUCAGCCGACACUCACGGUCUCGUCCCACUUCACAGACUGCAUGGACCUUAUCCUACUGACGAUGCUCGUAGUGGAGAAUUGCGCACACUAGUUGCCUAGCACCCGCACUGGCCAAGCUGGCCAUUGACAUCUAAGGCGCUUAGCCUUCUUUCCCUCGGCCGUAUCAUAUCGCCUCGCCCUUCGCCCUUCGCCCUUCGUCCUUCGCGGGCUCAUGCGUUCUUCCUGAACCCAAGGCAAAUACGUGCAAAAUCGGUCACAGAGACUCCUAUAUCUGCCAGUGCCUACCAUCAUGCACACAUCUGCAAGUUUUCAUCCGAAUCUACGGGUCUGUGGCUGGCAGGGGUAGGGGGGUGCUGGCACGCCCGGUAUACGAGCGAACCUUUAUGUGUAUGAGCUUAUAACGCUGUGGAAGCAAAGUAAU